GUUUUGCAGAUACUGUGUGUUUUGUAUCUUGGUCUGCUGCUCCUGCAAGUAUAGAAACAUAUGUGCAUAAUUAAUUUGAUGUUUUAUUUUUAUUUUAUUUUUAUUUUUUUCGCAGGAUCGUAACACUGGUUUGUUUCCCAGCUGAGCGGCUCCAUCAGUGCCCCACAGUAACCUCUGCAGCAGCUGACACACUGAGCUGAACUCGUCUUGACCUCUUGACCUCAUGUGUCUCCCUCAGUCUGUGACAUGCGAGGCACAACAUGACCACACAAGUCUUCCUCCUGCCUUGAAAAAAAAAAAAGUCAGCCUGCAAAGUGUUUUGCAGUGAUUCCGGGCCAAUGUUCAACUCCCCGUUUUUGGUUUCCCAAAACAACUCCGGCCCGGGCCUCAGUCCGCGGUCUAGAGUUUGACAGCGGGCUGUUUGAGACGGAAGCACGUCGGUGUGUUGCUGUCAGCCAGCCCCUCCACCACCAUGGGAGACAGCAGAGAUUCUCGCAGCCCAGACAGCUCGUCUGUCUCCUCCCCUCCGUCGGGCCAGCGCUCGCCUCCGCUGGUUCCCUCGGCUGCAGCUUCCAUGACCUCCCUCCCUCCCAUCACCACCUCAGGGGUCAACAGCCCCAUCAGUAGCAUUGGCUCCCCCUUUUCUGUCAUCAGCUCUUCUCUGGGCUCGCCAUGCCUGCCUGGCACACCGUCGGUUGGUUACGGCCCCAUUAGCAGCCCACAGAUCAACUCAACAGUGUCCAUGUCGGGGCUCCAUGCAGUGAGCAGCUCUGAUGAUGUGAAACCUCCGUUGGGCUUGAAGCAGCUCUCGUCCCACAGCCCAGGGCCGAUGCUUUCCCAAAAACGCCUGUGUGCCAUCUGUGGAGACAGAUCCUCUGGUAAACACUACGGUGUCUACAGCUGUGAGGGCUGUAAAGGCUUCUUCAAGCGGACCGUGCGCAAAGACCUGACCUACACCUGUCGGGACAACAAAGACUGUAUGGUGGAUAAGAGGCAGAGGAACCGCUGCCAGUAUUGUCGCUACCAGAAGUGCCUGGCCAUGGGCAUGAAGAGAGAAGUGGCCAAGAUGAACGACAGAUCUGUCCAAGAGGAGCGACAGAGGAACAAGGAACGGGAAGGCGAGGUGGAGUCGACUAGUGCAGUGAACGAGGAGAUGCCAGUAGAGAAGAUUUUGGAAGCAGAGAUGGCUGUAGAGCAAAAGACGGAGCUUCAUGCUGAUGGAAGCUCAGGCGGCAGCUCUCCCAACGACCCUGUCACCAACAUCUGUCAGGCAGCAGACAAGCAGCUCUUUACCCUGGUGGAGUGGGCCAAGAGGAUCCCUCACUUCUCUGAACUGCCCCUGGACGACCAGGUCAUCUUGCUCCGUGCUGGCUGGAAUGAACUCCUGAUUGCAUCGUUCUCCCAUCGCUCCAUCUCUGUGAAGGACGGGAUUCUGCUGGCCACCGGCCUGCAUGUCCACAGGAACAGUGCUCACAGUGCAGGUGUUGGAGCCAUCUUUGACAGGGCGCACAAUGCUGAGGUUGGGGCCAUAUUUGACAGAGUUUUGACAGAGCUUGUAAGCAAGAUGAGAGACAUGCAGAUGGACAAGACAGAGCUGGGCUGCCUUCGAGCCAUCAUUCUGUUCAACCCAGAUGCUAAGGGUUUGUCCAACUCCAGUGAGGUGGAGCUCCUGAGAGAGAGAGUGUACGCAUCUCUCGAGUCCUACUGCAAACAGAAGUAUCCUGAUCAGCAGGGCAGGUUUGCAAAGCUCCUUCUGCGGCUCCCAGCACUGCGCUCCAUUGGUCUGAAGUGCCUGGAGCACCUGUUCUUCUUUAAACUGAUUGGUGACACGCCCAUCGACACCUUCCUGAUGGAGAUGCUAGAAGCGCCUCACCAGCUCACCUAGGGGAGCCAGGUUCGGUCCGGUCAGGAUCCGACGUACACCAGGAUUAUCAACAAUGUCGACCCGUGUUGGGUUGUCGGCUCUUCUUGUUGGGCCUCGCUUAACUGCAGCACCCGCUGGUUUUAAUGUACCGGCUGUACAUUUGUACACACACACAAAAAAAAACAAAAAAACACAUAUUCUCUGUCAGAGGCUAAUUAUCAUCACACGCAGAUCUUAACUUGCAUCCAUGACUUGACAUAAAACAGAACUAUGGCUCUGAAUUGCUAAUAUGCUAACACACACACACACACACAUUUUCAACAUCUUUCCCAUAUUCAGUUUUCCACCAUAGGGGUUAUUAUGACUCAAGGAAUACAUCCCCUUUUUAUCACACAUAAACAGUUAAUGUCUUAAUUUUAAGUUAGCCUUCAGUUUUCACAUCUUCAUCUCACAGUGGGUUUUUGCUUCUGCGUAACUGGUGAACUUCCCCUGUUACACUGCUAGCUGCACCUCUGUAUAUUAUAUCCAUCACUAGCCAGUUAGUUAUUCAUGUAUGGUUUUAGCUUAAAUCAGGUGCGUAGCAUUUCAAUCAACUGUCCUCCAUCAAAAAAAAUCACUUCUUAUUGGCCAGGAGGUGUCCUUUAAUGGACAGGCAGAAACAUCCUCCAAGUGAGUUUAUCCAGUCUUGUAAACAUUGAAAUAUUUUAUGCUUUUUUUGAAUAUUCAUGCUGAAACUUGUUUGAGUUUCUAUUUUGAAGUACUGUACUCAUGAAAUGAGAGCUUUUUCCAAGGCAUUGAAAUCCAGGAAAAGGGGGUUGGGAGCACUUUGUUGAACAGAAAAACUUUGUCCCUCCCACUCUGAUGCGCACAGCGGGCUUUGUAAGACAAGAAGAAUGACUUGAAUUUAUUUUUUUUUUCCUAGUUUUGAUUUUAUCCUUUUUCUCUUUUGGCAGUUGUUUGGUAUUUUAAACCGCUUGAGGCUCACGGGAAGUACAGCUUCAUGCGAGAAAAAAUCUUAUUUGUUAGUCUUUUAUCUCCCGUUUCCCCCAAAAUCCUCCCUUCGUUGGUGGUCAUUUAUGCACUUUUGUGAGUUGUAACUGUGUAAAUGUUCCUGUUUCCUAAAAAAUGACCAUCUAUUCUCAGACACCUAAGACGACCCUGAAGGUACUAUGUGUAGGGUUUUCACAUUAUUGCAUCGUUUUUCAGGUCAGAUGUGAUGAUUUGUUAUAUAACUUGCCUAAUAAUUGGCCACUCCCCGUACAGAUGAUGACCAGGUUUCAGAAUUAGCACUAACCAACCAUCAGAUGGCUGAAAAAGUUGGCUGCAUCAGGUAUGUUAGUCUGUCCUAACACCCUGCUCAGCUGGAUGUAAAUUAUACUUGAUAGGUUGCUCUUUAUUCCAAAAAUGUUAUGUGUCACUUGUUCAUUGGCCAUGGUGGAGAAAAAUGAAUUCUGCUUAUAACUGGUCAGCCUUUAUUUCAGUUGUGUGUCCUACUGUUCAGCGAGACUAUAGAGUUCAUAAGUAACUGUGACGUUUGACCGCUCUACACAGGAAUAAUUGAAGUGUCCUUGUACAAGAUACAGAAGUGGUGUGAGAUACAUUGCUUUGCAUUGGAGAUGCUGCACUCUGUCUCCUCUAUACAGUGAGAGGGGCAUAAAAACAGAUGCUUGUUUUGUGCUACACAAUAAACAGCAGCAGAGAAGAGAAAUGUAAAGACAAGCUGAAAUUAGCUGACAGAGGCAAUCAUGCAACGUUUAAUUUUACAGUAGUCAGUGGGUAUCACAUAUGGCUUGGUGGUGUUUGAAUCACAUCAGACCUCUUGUGUCAUAUUACUGUAAUGCAAUAAUGAAAUAGGUUAGUCCUACAUAAUGGAAAUCCUACACUUACUACCUGCUGCUUUGGAAACUUUAUUUAGUGUAUAUUGGCUCAAUGCUUGCCACUUUUGUACAGUAGAUGUAAAUAAUAAAAAAAAAAAAAAAAGAACUACACAGGAGUCAUGCGGAAACAAAGGCCUGUUCACACUCACAUGAAUGUGAAAUAUGUGGCUCCCAAAAAAAGAAAAUUCAAAGCUCUAUUUUUUGCUGUUGAAUCAACAUCCGACUUGUAAUGACGUCACUAUUAAAUUGUUAUUGAGCCCAGGGCCAAACCACACCUCACCGCUGCUUUUGCACCAACUUCUGCCAAUGUUUCCUGUUGUUCCUGGUGAUUGAUUGGCUAGAUUUCCUUGACAACGGCACUUGACAUUUACUGUGAUUGAAAUUUGUGGGCAAGUGCAUCUGAGCAUUGCAGUGAAAAGUCAAAUGCAGCUACUACUGGAUCAGGAGAAAUACAGUAAACUAUGAAUUGAACCGUCUUCAUGCGCUCAAAGGCGAGCAGUACUGGGGUACACAAAGAUUUAUGACCAUUUUUGUUCGUAAAGUAUUUAAGAGUGUUGGCGUUCUGAGGUAUAUUUGCCUUCUCAUUAGUCGCCAAAAUUGAUAGUAAUUAGAAACAUUUUACAGUAUCAUUCUACAGGGAAGAGGUACAGCUGUCCUCUACCAGGUGCUAAAUAACUAACAUGGUCUUUUAGUUUAAGACUUGCACAUUUUCAUCAAUGCAAACACAGUAUGCAAGUACACAGACAAAUCAGAAAGCCAUUCUCCACUCUUUCAACAGGUCUGCUCAAAAUGUAGAUUUCCCUCUUAGAUUUCUUUUUUCCUUUUGUUAUCUUAUGACCCCUGACUUUAUCACAGAAUCCCAACUAGAGAAUAUGAACACCAGCGAAGUCCUUGUACUUUUUGGCUGUGGCAGACAAGUCUUUGUACACAGCCAGUGAGUUUUGUAUUUUAGAAAGCAGUUAAGCUGGUGGAAGCAAUGAAAGUAGCUGCUGAAUUUUGGGGUCCACCAGCUACUUUGACCAGAAUAAGCAAUGAGCUUCCUGCCCUGCAGAUUGUCCAAAUACGUCUUCUCAGAGAGGAUCCUUGGCCUCCCCCAUGUGAUGUGGACUUGGGAGGCUUGCAGUAUGAUGGCCUGUAUGACAGGUGGUCUUGUUUAACAUGUCUGUACGUUGGUCUAACCAUAGAGUUUGGUGUUGUUUCAGUUUCUCCAUCCAUGCAUACAUAUGUCCUAAUCAACAAAGUAGUCUCCAGGUGGCCAUUCAUUUCCUACAUGCAGAGAAAGUUCAGCCCCUUGUCCACCACUUCUUAAUCAUUUUUGUUGUUGGCAAAGAAAAACAAGGUCGUGGCAAGCUUGUGUUUUAUUUUACAGGCACCAAUAUCUGCUACCAUUGUCUUGUACUGUAUAUGCUGCAGUAUGAUCUUAGUGCUUUAGUGAAUUGAGUUGGUUCAGGUGGGCUAAUACUAGCAGUCUGAGUUUGGAGUGAAAAUGACGUUGUGGCCACAGGGCUUUAAGGAUUUGAGCUCAGCUAUCCUAAAACAGUUGGGCGGUGGAAUGAAGUUUGUGAGUGCAACUCAAAAUGAGUUUCUUCCCUCUUGUCUCUCAGAGAGAAGGCCGACUUUAGGAUGUGUGCUUUUGUGAAUAAUCUCAUCUUCUAUUAGGUUGAUAUCUCAGUAACUUUCUCUGCAGGAUUUUAUUUUUAUAGCUUCCUCUGUUGAAUGUUUUAAGCCUGCUGCUACUGCAUCAUUUUAAUAGCUAGGGAUGGGAAUGGUCACACAAUCAGUCAAGUGCAGGAUAAUCCACUAGUUGGUGUAAAAAAAAAAAAAAAAUAACAAACAUGAAUGAUGGAGCAAACACCAGUCUUUGUUGAUGACGCAUCAAAAAGUCAAAAUAUGCAACUUGUAUAUUCAUAUUGUGGUAACAUUGUAAAACAGUUGUCAUGCAAUAUGUGCAUUGUGUUUCUGGCAUUCGUCAGUUUUAGCUUAGUCAGUUUCAUUAAUUGGCCGUGACGUUACGUAGAAUUCCCAUCCCUCCAUAUAACAGCAAAGCAUUUAAGUUCUGCUAUAUCAUUUUUAUAUUUCUUCACAUUUUACUAUGAGCUUAGGUCAUUUAGAGGAUGAUAAACAGUAAACAAAAGAAAUCUAUACAGUCAGUGCAGGUUCUGUCUGCUAAGAUGCUUUAAGCUUUGCUUGCCAGGCAGACUGUUUGAGCAGGAGCUGGUGGUUGGAUAUGUCAGUUUUUUGUUAGCAUUUGUUAUAGAGCAUAUGUGGCCACAUGUGUGUGCUUUUAUGCACAUGUGUAUGGAAUCUGUUUGCAGCUACGCCUUUUGACUGGCAGAUCCUAUAGCUUUGGCUGUGAUGUGCUGAGUGCUGUUAAAUUGAUUUCUUGAGCAAAAUAAUGAAAGGAUGCACAGAGGAAAAGAAACCAAGCUGGAGGGAUGAUGAACUGGCUUGUUGACCUGAUGCUUCAUCAACACAACCCAGCCUCCUCCCUUCCUUCACUUUGCCCUGUCUCCACUGCUUUACUUUAAACUUAACAAAUGAUUCUUCACUCACCCAUGUGGGCUGAAAAUUACUGGGCUUAGCAUUGGAAUGGACUUUCAACAAAAACCUAUGAUUCUUGGACUGUUAGAAAAGGAUGUGAAGCUUUUCAUGGGACAAGCAUUGGAGAGCUGUAAGGAAGGGAUUCGGUGCCGUGUCCCUCUUUGCUUACUUUACUUGACGGCAGAGCAGCGACGAUCUGCUGGAUCGCACCGCACUGCCCACAAAUGUUUGUCGUUGCAACCGUGUGCACUCAAGGCAGACGCAUGCUGUGACCUUUUGACUGUGUAGCAGUAUUGUUGUCGCCAUCUUUGUUACAUUUUGAAAUUAUUCGCUUUUUUGAAAAUAAAGAACAUUGAUUGGUAAAUAUGCUUUUUAUUAAAUGGAUCGCAGGCUGUGACUGAAGAAUUGGUCAUCAUAUAUAUAGAUAAGAUAUCAGGGUGGCAUUUUUACCUAAUGACACAGGCCCCCUGGAGCCAAGGCCCAUCCCAUAACGAUCAAUGAGGCAGUGUGUGCUAUGCAGCCUUGAACCCUCACUGGUUUAUUUAUCACUGCCAAGCUGUUUGCGGAUGUGGCCGUUUGAAAUGCAGGGCCACUCAGUCCCCAGUGCUUGUUUUUCAUGUAUGUUGUGAUUAUUGUGCUGUGCACUAAAGAGUGUGCGCUAACCUUGGCCUGUGUUGUGCAUACUAAAGAGGGGCCCUAAUAGGAAUGGAAUGACAGCUCGUGUGGAGAGGGGAGGAUUGGUCACUGGAGGGAGAAGUAGACCAGUGUGUGGUCCCCUCUGGGUGCUCAAGCUGUGCAUUGGUGCUUUUUUAUGGGGUCCCCCGGCUUGAAAAUGUCUGCUUCGGUUUCCAAGACACAGGGAAACGCAUAUAUGAGUGAGAUGCAAAUAAGGAAUGAUUUAACAGGGCUAGCCUAGCCUAGCCCUUGACCUGCUCUUCUUCAGUUACAUUUGGUUGGGUGUUUACUGCAACUGGCUCCACUGCAACCUGUUGUGUGUUUCAUGUAUCGGAGUUGGCUGUCGCUGGAUGCUACUACCAGCAAUAAAAACAAAAUCUUCAAAAUCUGUUUUAAAUAACGAGGGAGAAACUGUGGCUCUAAUCGUGGAUAAAGGUCACGAGAAUCCACAGUUGUUGUUGUUUGCAGGAAACUCCUCUAAGCAGAAUGUGGUUGCAUUGAAUGAACUUGAUGGAAGGAAUCAACUGAAUACGAUUGGUCUCUUUCAGUAGAAGGUUGUUGUUCGGCUUCAAGAUUGGAGGAAUUGUGAAGGGUGAUUCAGACAGAAAAGAAGGGCAGGGACUUAACGAACUCUGAUCAGGUGUUCAUUUGUUGAUCGAGAAGAAAAAAAAAACAGAAAACUAUUUUCCAGUAGAUCUAGAAUCUUCCUUGAUUGUUUACUCUUCACCAUAGAAAAAAAAUUCACACACUGUUUCUUUGUCUGGUUUCCUGUCUCCUUCUCCGACUAUGCUCUUCAUCUUUUGUUUUUUACAAAGUAUUAAACAAAUACAAGAACUGUAAAAUCAGAAUGGAAUCUGUCACUCUUAUUUUUGAUUUUUCUCUCUUUCUCUCGUGUCUGUUCUUUGUCCUGUUUGUAUCCUAUUCCAUCAUACAUGUGGAGCUGAUUGACUAUUGUGUGCUUCGGGGAUUGAAAGAAGAAAAAAAAAAUAUGAAUAAUUUUUUCAGUCAUUAAUUCUGAAUCUUGUUUCUGUUUGUUGUAUCAUGUCCGAGUAAAGGUUUUAAUACUGUA